AUGCAGCUGGCGAGAUUGGCUGCCGUUCUCUUGAGCGCCCUCUUCAUGCUCUGCUCGGCCGACAAGCACAAACCUGCGUCUGACGAGAAGCCCCAUGUUCCCCACCGCAAGCCCCAAACCUACGGAUUUUGGCGCCAGAACACCGGCUCCGUCCAGUACCGUGCGACACAAACGAGGGACGUUGACUACGACCCUGGUGACGACGUGAUCCCACUCCUGACGGCGCUACGCGCGGCCCAUGAGCGACGAAGAGAACCACCCAUCAUCGACCGACGCGACGAGGUUUUGGGAGCGCACGACCGGCAAGCCCGUUACAAUGGGAGCGUAGCAGCUCAGCUCCGCACAAACCACAAUCUGUGGGAUGUGCAGUGGCACAAGGUGAUUCCCUACCCGCCCGCGAGAUACACGCCCUUUGAGAGGCUGGAUAAGAGCCGCAUCGCAGUGGCGACCAUCUUGCACCUGCCAUCGGGCUCCGCGGGCAAGAACGAGCGCUUUGCCUCAAAGCCUCUCGAGACGCUGCUGUGUGUGCUCCUCAUCCUGAAGGCCGAGCUCGUGAGCACGGGGCGCCUCGACGGCGUCGACUUCGUCGUGCUGCACGACAACGUGCCCGACGUGUGGCUCAGCGACCUGAACGCAAGCGGCGUGAAGACCGUGCGGAUGCCCUUGCCCAAGUUGAGUUUGUACCCGACGGAGUUCUGCGCGGCGAAUCUGCUCAAGGCGCACCUGCUCUCGCUGACGCAGUACGAGCGCGUGCUGUACACGGACGCGGACAUGCUGCCCACCGGCUCGUGGCGCGACAUCUUCGAGUAUGAGUACCCCGAGGGCCUCGUCGGAGAGAUGAUGGGCGUCGGCUUCUGGGGCAACAUGUUCCUUAUCCGGCCAAACGCCACACAGCACCAGGCGCUCUGGCCGUCCGCGCACCACCGGCGCUUCUCGCUCUCGCGAGGGUGGGAGAACCGCGGGCUGCAUGUCUGGCCCACGCCGGGCGCCGCGCCGCUCUGCACCACUUUCGUUGACUUCUUCGAUCACGCCUCCGCGCUGUGGAUGUACCGGUGCGAAAAGUUUCACAUUGUGUCGUGGCUGUGGUCGUCUGCGGCAUGCGACCAAGGCUGGCUCUUCUGGGCAUUCAACCUGACCGGGCACUCCACCUUUCGCGACCUGCGCGGCUACGGAGCCGAUGAGCAGAGGUGCAUGCACAGUGCCGACCGAUACGUGCACUACGCGGGAAUCAACAAGCCGUGGCUGCUAAACCCGAACGCUCGAAAGGGCAACAUCGACACGAAGUCUUGGUGGGUGCUCCUCGAGUCGCUGGCCAAGCGCGAGGGGAAGCACCUCAUCGACCAGAAGUGCCCUGGGCUGUCGGGGCAUUGA